CACGCACACACGCACAUAUAAAAUGAAGCAACUUUUGUGCUCUUUCUUUUUGUUCCAUGUUUUCAAUUCCUCUUCAAAACCCCCCGAUAAAUACAAAAACUAAAUACAAUCUUUGAAUUCACAACCCCUUUUCAUUCUCUGUAUUGUGAGCGUGAAUCUGUUGGAUUUUCAUUGAUUGCGUACUGAAUAACAUGUGAAAUUUCGACAUACUUCUUUUCUGGGUUUAUCUUAAUUGCCUUAUCUGUAGACUCAGUUCGUGAUUUUAUUUUUUUUUCUUGGGCGAGAAAGAUGAAUCUUGGAGCGAAUCAUAUGUCUUUUAGUACAUCAAGUGUUUCUUGGAAGUCCGUCGAUGGAGUUUCAGACCAAUUUCCUGCGGGUCUGAGGGUUCUUGUCGUGGAUGAUGACCCAACUUGUCUGAGGAUCUUGGAGAAGAUGCUUAAAAAUUGUCUAUAUGAAGUAACCAAAUGCGGUCGAGCUGAGAUUGCGUUGGAGUUGCUUAGGGAAAACAAAGUUGGGUUCGACAUUGUUAUAAGUGAUGUACACAUGCCGGAUAUGGAUGGUUUCAAACUUCUCGAGCAUGUUGGAUUGGAAAUGGACUUGCCCGUCAUCAUGAUGUCAGCGGAUGAUAGCAAAAAUGUGGUAAUGAAAGGAGUGACUCACGGCGCAUGUGACUAUCUCAUAAAACCGGUCCGCAUGGAAGCUCUGAAAAACAUAUGGCAGCACGUGAUCCGUAAAAAGAAGUACGAAUGGAAAGAAAAGGAACAAGAACAAUCGGGAAGUGUGGAGGAAAGCGAAAGACAGCCAAAACCGGAAGACUUGGAUUACUCGUCUUCGGCCAAUGAGGGGAAUAAUUGGAAAAGCUCCAAGAAAAGGAAGGACGAUGAUGAUGAAGGUGACGAGAGGGACGACACGUCAACUCUCAAGAAGCCAAGGGUCGUUUGGUCGGUCGAGCUACACCAGCAAUUUGUAACGGCCGUCAAUCAGCUUGGGAUAGACAAGGCUGUCCCCAAGAAAAUCCUCGAAUUGAUGAGCAUUCCGGGCCUUACAAGAGAGAAUGUGGCAAGUCACCUACAGAAGUAUCGUCUUUACCUCAAAAGGCUGAGUGGACAGCAUCAUAACGGGCUGGGAAAUCCAUUCAUGGGCCCCACAGACCCAUCUUUCGGCCCGAUAACUCCUCUCAGCAGCUUUGAAUUCCCACCACAGAGCCUGGCCACAAUCCAGGCAGCCUCCACUAACAGGUUCCCCUUAUCAGUCGACCAAAGAAACAUUUUCAGCUUCGAAAAACCGAAAAUAAACCAAACUCAAACCCGACCCUCGAAUUUACUUCACGGGGUCCCCACCAAUAUGGACUCAAGACAGCUGGCAGCCUUUACGCACGUGAAUUUACCAACACACCCUCAGCCCAGGACCCAGAUGCUUAACCGGCCCAUUUUCAAUGGAGUCAAUAAUGUCCAUGGUCAACCACAUCAGCCGUCUAAUUUGGUUGACUUUUCAAGAAGCUUACGCCCAGAUUUAACGGUCAAUCCUAAUAAUAAUAAUAAUACUGCUGCUAAUAACAAUAACAGCAAUAGCUUUUUGCUUGUUGGCAAUGCGGGAAUUUCUGGCACUCCGAGUUUCAAUGCGUUUGGAAAUUUAAAUCAGAGCCGGGCCAGGGCAGAUGAGUGGGGCUUUUCGGGCUUUGACGGGCCUCAGCAUGCCCGGAUCAAUGUUGGGCCGUCAGUCUUAGUUCAGCCAGGCCCAUCAAGCGGACAGAGUAGGGUCCAAUCUGUUGUUAAUAGGGUAGCCUUUUCAGCAUCCGAGGGCCCAAGCCGUGGCCAUAAUACAAAUAUUGGCCCACAGAUUACUUCAUCAGCAGCUGAUAAUUCGUCCCAGAAUAGCUUGUUCUCAGAUCAGCUUGGCCAGGAGGAUCUCAUGAGUGCACUUUUCAAGCAGCCAGAAGGAAUGACACCAGGUGAAAGCGAUUUCGGCUUUGAAGGAUACAACUUGGAUAAUCUUCCUGUAUAAUUAUAUAUAUUUUAGACCCUUUCCUGUGUACAUAUUUGCAGCUACAGAUGAAGUUUGGCCCACUUAUUAUGAAGUGACUGAAAAGCUUAGGUGUAUUUAGUUCUUGUUCUAUUUUAUUUUAUUAUUAUUUUUUUCUUUUUUCUUUUGUUGCUUCAUUGCCUCAAGUAGUGAUCUUGGAAAAAUAUUCCUUUGAUUCUUUUGAAUGUGAGAGGAAACACAGAGGACAUCAUUCGGAUUUCUCUUAUAAUUUGGGACUAAAUAUCAUAGAUUGGUGCGCAAAGCGUACGGGCCUUUUCUAGGAUUAAUCAGUUAUUUAGGAUAUGAAAACUGGUCUAGUCGAAGAUUGUCGG